CAUAGAAAAAGGGGAAACUUACCCAACAUCAGUUGGAAAACGAAUAAUUUGGCCUCCUUCUUUCACCGAUGGUCGUCGAUACAAGUUUAACAAUUGUCAAGAUGCCAUGUCUAUUUGCAAGAAAUUUGGCUACCCAUAUCUUUUUAUCACAACAACAUGUAAUUCCCAAUGGGGAGGGAUUCAAAGAUUUGUUCGUGCUAGAAAUCUUAAACCAGAGGAUAGACCAGACAUAUGUGUUCGAGUUUUCAAAAUGAAACUUGAUCACUUAAUGUCUGUUCUAAGAAAAGGCAAGAUUUUUGGUGCUGUUGAUGCAGGUAUGUACACUGUUGAAUUCCAAAAGCGUGGAUUGCCUCACGCUCACAUUCUGCUUUGGUUGAAACCCGUUGAAACCCCAAUAUAAAUUGAAUUCAUGUGAAGAUAUUGACAAAUUUAUUUCAGCUGAACUUCCUGACCCGCAGUUGUAUCCUAAACUUUAUAAGGCAGUUUCAUCUUAUAUGAUUCAUGGCCCAUGUGGUGUUAUUGAUCCAAAGUCAGUUUGCAUGGUUGAAGGCAAGUGCUCUAAACAUUUUCCCAAGAAAUACCAAAACUGUACUUCUAUUGAUGAUGAUGGAUUUCCUAUUUAUAAGAGAAGGAAGACAAGGAUUUCUACAGUGAAAAAAGGAGUACCUCUUGACAAUGGAUUUGUCGUUCCAUAUAAUCCCCAACUUUUGAUGAGCUAUCAAGGACAUAUAAAUGUAGUGUAUUGCAAUAAAUCCAAUGCAAUCAAGUAUCUUUUUAAAUAUAUCAACAAAGGAAAUGAUAGAGUGAAUGUUCAAAUUUCCAAAGACAAUGGAGAUUCAACCCAGCAAAAUCAAGAUGAAAUUAAACAAUUCUAUGAUUGCAGGUAUCUUACUCCAUGUGAGGCAGCAUGGAGGACCUUUAAAUUUGAUAUUCAUGAUAGAUGGCCACCUGUAAAGCGCUUAUCAUUUCAUCUUCCUGGAGAACAAUGCAUUUUAUUCAAUGACAAUGAAGACUUGGAAGAUGUAGUUGACACAUGUUCAAGAAAGGAUACUAUGUUCUUAGCAUGGAUGAAAGCUAAUAAGCAAUUCCCUGAGGGUAGACAUUUGACUUAUGCAGAAUACCCUUCUAUGUUUGUUUAUAACAAAAGCAAGCAAUAUUGGUCCAGGAGAAAGAAAGGGUUCUCCCUUGGUCGCCUACAAUAUAUAGCUCCAGGCAUGGGAGAAGUGUAUUACAUGAGGGUAUUAUUAACAAAGCAAAGAGGCUGUGAUAGUUUUGAAAGCUUGCGAACUGUCAAGGGUGUUAUUUAUCCAACAUUUCAGGAUGCUUGCGAUGCCAUGGGUCUAAUGGAAGAUGAGAGAUAGUAUAUUGAUGGAUUUGCUCAUAUCUCCAAAUCAUUGAUUCCGAUUUGAUGAAUUUAUGCCUAAUAGAAAUAGAGAAGCUCUUGCAAUCGAAUGGAAGGUCCCUUAAAGAAUGGCCAAGCUUGCCUUAUCCCAAUUUUUCAGAAACAUUCAGAUUUGAAAACCAAUUUGUUGCAGAUGAACUUAAUUAUGAUAAGGAUGAAAUGGAGAAAACGCAUGAACAAUUUGUUAGUUGUCUAACUUCUGAACAGAAGGAAGCUUACACGAAGAUUUUGAAUGUUGUGGAGUCAAACAAUGGGGGGUUUUUUUUUCUUAUAUGGAUUUGGGGGAUCUGGUAAGACGUUUGUGUGGAAUACACUUUCUGCUGCCAUGCGAUCUAAAGGGAAAAUUGUCCUGAAUGUUGCUUCUAGCGGGAUUGCUUCAUUAUUAUUGCCUGGUGGAAGAACAGCUCACUCAAGGUUUUCUAUCCCUAUUUCAAUCCAUGAAUUAUCAACCUGUAAUGUUCGGCAAGGUUCUCAAAAAGCUGAUUUACUUCAAAAAGCAAGCCUUAUAAUUUGGGAUGAAGCUCCAAUGAUGAACAAGCACUGUUUUGAAGCUCUAGACAGAACUUUAAAUGACAUUAUGAAAAAUGAAGCAACUUUUGGCCAUCCAAAAUCAUUUGGAGGGAAAGUUGUAGUUUUAGGGGGAGACUUCCGGCAAAUUCUUCCGGUAAUCUCGAAAGGUAGUAGAUUUGAUAUUGUUUCAUCUGCGGUUAAUUCAUCUUACCUAUGGGAGCAUUGCAAAGUAUUGAAGCUAACAAUCAACAUGAGGUUACAACAAGCUGCAUCUUCAUCUUCUGCAAGUGAAAUCAAGGAAUUUGCAGAUUGGAUUCUUCAAGUAGGGGAUGGAACAGUGAAAACAAUUGAUGAUGAUGAUUCAAUUAUUGAGAUUCCCCCUGAUCUCUUGGUGAAAGAUUGUGAUAAUCCUUUACUUGAAUUGGUUAACUUUGCAUACCCCAAUAUUGUUGCUAAUUUGGAAAACUCAAAAUAUUUUCAACAAAGAGCACUACUUGCACCUACUCUAGAAAGUGUAGAAGAGGUCAACAACUAUAUGCUAUCUAUGAUUCCUGGAGAGGAGACUGAAUAUUUGAGUUAUGAUACUCCAUGUAGAUCAGAUGAAGAUUCAUAUAUAGAUGCAGAAUGGUUCACUUCUGAAUUUUUGAAUGAUGUUAAAUGCUCUGGUAUUCCGAACCAUCGAAUUAUACUCAAAGUUGGGGUCCCUAUUAUGCUCAUCCGUAAUCUAGAUCAGGCUUCUGGUUUGUGUAAUGGCACUAGAUUGAUGGUUACAGAUUUGACUCGUUAUAUAAUUGUAGCUACCGCACUAUCAGGACUAAAAUCAGGAAAACAUAUUUAUAUUCCUAGAAUGAGCUUGACUCCUUCCGACACUGGCCUCCCUUUUAAAUUCUAA